GAAAGGUUAAGCCAUAGCCACCGAUCGGAUCAUACUCCCACAUCCGCAUCUCUCUCCGUCAAGUGCCCCAGCACAAAGAUUCACCGAAUAUCACUUCUCCAAUCCCAUUGGCCCAUAACCCCCAACUCCACAUUUUCUACUCUUCUUCUUCUUCUAUAAGAGCAAUCAACGUAGAGACUCCUCUCUCUGCUCUACACUCUUUUCUUCUCUUCUCUUACGGAGACCUAGGGUUUUUGGAUGGCAUUUCCGUAAAUAAUGGCGGCUAGUUCUAGAGGCUUCGCGACUCCAUUUCGUCUGGAACUGAGAAGUGUUGAUGUGUCGACUCUGCCACAUCGCGAAAUCGAGUUCAGGAAGUGUAGGAGGAGGGUUUCUGUUGAUGGAGAUCGAAUUCGGCUGAGUAGAAUCAGAUGCUGCUGUUCUGGAAGUACUGGCUCCGGGAAGAGUGUGGAGAAGGCUGAAGAAUGGCGGUUUGAUUCUAAAAAGAGUUCUCAUAGAGUUCGAAUCCAGGCUAUGCCUUCAAUGCCUUUUGCCUCGCCUCAGUCUCAUUUUGUUUCCAAACAAGAAAAGUUCUAUCCCCGCUGCACUCCAAGACAUUCUGGUCCACAGUCCCGUGAUACUCCACCAAAAAGAGACACUGGUAUUGCAAAUGAAAAGGAUUGGGGCAUCAACUUAUUAAGUGAAAAUAUCAAUGAGUCUGGCACUAAUGAAGAUGGCAGUGCUUGGUAUCGAGAGAGUGGGGAAGACCUUGGUGAAAAUGGAUACAGAUGUAGAUGGACAAGGAUGGGUGGUCAAAGCCAUGAUGGUUCCUCGGAAUGGAAAGAAAUGUGGUGGGAGAAAAGUGACUGGACGGGAUACAAAGAACUAGGUGUGGAGAAAUCUGGAAGGAAUGCUGAAGGGGAUUCAUGGUGGGAAACAUGGCAAGAAGUUCUUCAUCAAGAUGAAUGGAGUAAUCUAGCUAGGAUAGAGAGGAGUGCACAGAAACAAGCAAAAUCAGGCACCGAGAAUGCUGGGUGGUAUGAGAAGUGGUGGGAGAAAUACGAUGCUAAAGGCUCAACUGAGAAAGGAGCACAUAAGUACGGUAGACUGAAUGAACAAUCGUGGUGGGAGAAGUGGGGAGAGCAUUAUGAUGGAAGAGGAUCCGUUCUAAAAUGGACAGAUAAAUGGGCUGAGACUGAACUAGGAACCAAAUGGGGUGACAAGUGGGAAGAGAAAUUCUUUGCUGGCAUAGGUUCACGUCAAGGGGAGACUUGGCAUCUCUCUCCCAGUGGUGAUCGCUGGUCAAGGACAUGGGGAGAAGAACACUUUGGAAAUGGUAAGGUGCACAAAUACGGCAAGAGCACAACGGGUGAAAGCUGGGAUAUUGUUGUCGAUGAGGAAACCUAUUACGAGGCCGAACCUCACUACGGAUGGGCUGACGUUGUGGGUAAUUCAAGUCAGUUACUAUCAAUAGAACCUCUGGAGAGGCCGCCUGGUGUCUACCCAAAUCUCGACUUUGGGACAUCUCCACCACCCCCAGACGAUGACUCCCCAGAUACCGCUGCAUCUUCACAAUGAAGAGCGUGAUAAAUCAUUACACUCACGUAUCUUGCCUCAUUUAUUCAUUCUUUUGAAUAUCGAUAUUUCCAGUUUUCAGUUACCAGUUUGUGCUCUGAUUUCUUUAACGACAUUAUUCAUAUAAUGUGUUGAGGUUUAUUUAUUUA